AUGGAGAAGAAGUCAGAUGGCCUACCAUUUAAGUGGGGUAAAAAGAGAGGACCUGGUGGUGUAGAAAAUAAGGAUGUUCAGUACUAUGAGUCUUUUACUUACGGUGGUUGUGAGUACUGUCUUUAUGACUGUGUCUCUGUUGGAGAUGAUAGUCAAGUACACUCUUUUGUUGGCAAGAUUAUAAAAAUGUGGGAGUAUGUUGAUCAGCGUCAAGACCCGAGGAGAGUUGAGUUACUCUGGUUCUUUAAACCCUCUGAGCUUUCCUUGUACUUUGAAGGAGUUGAAGAUGUGCUUGCUAACGAACUGUUCUUGGCUUCUGGGUCAGGUCUUGGCCUCACCAAUGAAAACCUAUUGGAAGCAAUUUCUGGAAAAUGUCAUGUUCUAUGCAUCUCCAAGGACGUAAGAAAUCCACAACCCUCAGAGGAAGAAAUCAAGUCGGCUGACUUCCUUUUUCACCGAACAUAUGAUGUGGGAACUUCCAGAAUCUUAGAUAAGAUAGAUGAUAAUGUUGCUGGAGUUGAUGUUGAGUUCAUCUUUAACAGAACCAGUUCUGAGACAAAAGCUAGUGCUCUGCAAAAAGUGGCAACUGACAUACAAGGGACUGUAGAUAGUUUGAAACCAUAUCAUUCUUCAACUAGCGGUUCAGUUAUGCAGAAUAAAGGCAAUGCUAGUGAUGUCUCUGGUCACUGGAAGAGCGAUAAUGGUUACAAGAAAGAACAAGACAAUGAAUGUCAUAAACAAUUGGCUAGUAAAAAAUCUACACUUGCAGAAGAAAGUUCUAACAAAGAUUCUGGUCGGGAUGAUGCUGAACUUGACAGUUUUAGCGCUUCGGGUUCUAGGAGAUAUGAUGAAGGUGGAAACCAAUUUGCUAAACAAAAACCAAGGCUUGCUGAUGAAAGAUGCAGUAAAGAUUCUUACCGUUUGGAUGACAUGAUUCAAAAGAAACGGAGAGUAGAUGGUUCUCUUGCAGUACCAGAUGGAAGGUAUAAAGUGCCGCAGAAAAUAAGAAAUGAUGGUAGAAAAAAUACAGAACCUAUUAGAAGAGAUGCGAUGGUAAGUAAAUCAAGGCUUGCAGAUGAAAGAGGCAGUAAUGAUUUUUACGGUUUGGAUGUCAUGCCUCUAAAGAAACCGAGGGUAGAGGGCUCUGUUGCAGUGUCAGAGGGAAGGACAAGAGAGUCGCAGUGUACAAGUCAUGAUGGUAAAAAAGAUGUGAUGGUAGAAAAAUCAAGGGUUGCAAGGGAAAGAUACAACAAAGAUUGCAUUCUUCAAAAGAAACUGGAGCUGAAUGGCUCUGCUGUAGUAUCAGAUGGGAGGUCAAAAAUGUCAAAGAAAUUAAGUCAUCAUGAUGGAAGAAAAGAUCCUAGAGACAAAGUCACCAGAGAGGAAGUAUAUUUCCAGAAGCCUAGCUUCACUGACAAGAGUCAAGACCUGCGGAUACCAAGAUGUUCUGAAGGAAAAGUUACUAAACAUGUUAGAUUCGCUGAAGGAAAAGAGACCAGACAUGUGAGAUUUUCUGAAGGAAAAGAGAGUAAGCUUGCAACUGAGAAAGGUCUUAUCAAGAACUCCAACCCUGAUUGUAAAAUAUCAAAACACAGUGAGGAAAAGAUGUUGACCAAUGCCGAUUACAGAAGACAUUAUCAAGUCUCUGAAGUUACUCAAAAGCCUAAUGUUGUAAGUUUUAUAUUCCUUAUGAAACAAAAUUUUUGGGAAGAAGAUUUGAGGUGUGCAGAAGGGAAAGGGACUCUGGUUGUUCUCCGAAACUUGGAUCCUUCUUACACAUCUAAUGAAGUGGAGAAUAUAGUCUACUCUGCUUUGAAUGAGCAAUGCACGUCCAGGAUGAUAGAGCGGACGUCAGCUACUAUUCCUCAUAUCGGUGAAGCUUUGGUGAUAUUCGAGACAAUGGAUGUUGCAAACAGGGUAAUUAGAAGACUACAUGAUGGAUGCUUGUUGCUAUCAAAUGGAAGGGUACUUAUUGCUACUAGUGCUAAGGUAAAUCCUCCAGCUAUGCCUUCAUUGCCGUUUCCUGGCCAUAUCAAUACCCAGCGUCGAGGGAAGAGAAGCGCUGCGGUUACAUCACAUUGUUCUCAGGGUAACAACGUUGAAUUUGACAUGUGCAUGGAAUGGUGGUUGCACUUAGGCAUAUACAAGCAGAUUUGGGAAACGAUAUAUGAGCGACAAGUUGAGGAGAAGAAGAAGUUGCAGUUGGAUGUGGAGCCAAAACAAGCUUAG